UAGAAAUCGCCGGACGAAACAAUAGUGAAAUGUGCUUUGACCAUCUGUGGUUAUGUGGCGGAGCAAAUAAAUGGGGUAACCAAAAAAGGUGUUUUCUUAUUUCAGUUAGAUUCAAUUUUGAAUCGGGCAGUGAUGUAUAAAACCUAUUCAGGACCUUCGCAGAAGAAGGAUGCCUCUUCACGUGAUUUCUCUCACACUUUUCCAUUAAAUGCUUCAGCAAGAAAUAUGAGUGAGGAGGAACAGAAACAGGAACAAGAAAGAUUGAUGAUGGAGAUACAAUACUUGAUGUCAGAUGAAAUAUUUGACGACGUUGUAAUAACACCUACACCGUCAGAUAAUUGUAGUUUAACAGAAAGAUUUGGCAGGCUAGAAGUAUUCAAAAACCCUGUGUUGUUUAUCUACUCUGACAGUGACAACAACCUGAAAAUUUCAGAAGAUGUUAUGGCACAGAUAAGUAGUAUAGAUGUAACGUUAAAUGUUGUUGCUGUAUGUGGCCUAUAUAGGACAGGAAAGUCUUAUCUGAUGAACAGGUUGGCGAACGAAAGGAAAGGAUUUUCACUUGGGAGCACAGUUCAGUCUGAGACAAAGGGUAUUUGGGCCUGGUGUAAACCACAUCCAACACAAAAAGAACAGGUUUUACUUUUACUAGAUACCGAAGGUUUAGGAGAUGUAGCCAAGGGGGACACUGAACAUGAUAACAAGAUGUUUAGUUUAACAAUACUUCUCAGUAGCACACUCAUUUACAAUAACCCAGGUGUUUUCAAUCAAGAUGCUGUUGAAAAAUUAGCUUUUAUAACACGAGUAUCCAGAGAUGUUCAGGUUUUGCCCGAAGUAAAUGAAGAAGAAAAUGAAGAUAACAUGAAGAUUAUCACUCCUAUUUUUAUUUUGUGUCUUCGAGACUUUUAUCUCGAGGUGAAAGACGAAGAUGGUACAGAAAUGUCUCCGGAUAAAUACUUUGAGAAAUGUUUGUCCAUGCCAGACGACAAAGGCCAAGAGAAAAUUGAUGAAACAAGGGAAUACAUCAAAAAAUACUUUCCCAGAAGAAAAUGUUUCACGCUCGCUCAGCCAGCUAUGGGAAGAAAGCUUGCUAAAAUUGAAGAAUUUGAUGAUGAUCGACUCGAAGACGAUUUUUUAAGUGACUGUAACAGUCUUCAAGAAUAUGUGUAUGCAUGUGAACAUAAAGUUACGGAUGGAGUUACAAAGGCUCCAGUCAAAGGUUAUGACUUUGAAUCCUUUACGCGUACAUAUGUGAAGGCAAUGGGAACAGGAUCAAAACUGUCAUACGAGAAAGCAUAUGAUCAGGUGUCCAGGUUUCACAACAGCAAGCUAGUUGUUACAUCUGUACAUGAAUUUGAAAUUGAGCUGAAUACAAUGGAUAAACCUGUGAAGCGUAAAACGGACAUAGAAGGAAAAACAUUUGCGAUACUUAACAAAAAGCUCAAACAGUUGAGGGAGAAGAUGUAUCCGUACAAAAUUGAUAUAUUUGAAGAUAAAGCAAUUAAAAAAAUGAAAAAGAUUGCUGAUGAAUUUCGUGAACAAAACAGUGCACUUGUUCUACACACCUUGCUAGAAGCUCUUGAAAAGCUUCAUGAUCACAUGAUCAAAGAAAAUGAGGCUUGGUUUGAUUCAAAGGAAGGCUUGGAAUUGUACAGUCAGAAUAUCGAUUAUUUAAAAGAGGGGUUUCAUAGCGAAAUGGAAGACUAUGACGAAGAUGAGCGGUUGAAAGCAAUAAUCAAUUUCGAAAAGAGUAUUAAUGAUGAGAAAGUGAGGAUAGCUUUCCAUGCCGAAUUGCAUGAGGAUUGGGAAAGAAAAGAGUUUUUGGAAAAAGAAUUAAACGAAAACGUUAAGUUAAUGUUUGAUCGAAAGUUUGAGGAAGCUGAAGCUGAGCGAAAUGCCUACAUUGAAGAGAAAAUGCGUGAAUUCGAAAGAAAUUUUACAGAAAGGGCUGGUGAAGAAGCAACAAUAGUUGACUGGUUAAUAUCAGUGUGUAAAGUAUGCAAAGUGUACAUCUCCUUGAUGAAAAUACUUAUAACACAUGAAAAUACCUCAGGAUCAGCAUCGACGAAACCAUCAACAUCGACAGAAUACAUUGUGACGCAGAUACGACUCCUGCAGUCAGAAUUCCAGGAGAAACUUCGAAAACAGAGCGAGGCUUCUCACCAGCCAACCCUUGAUAAACAUUUUACAUUUAAUGCAAAUCCUGAUGAGUUGAAUGAUAUCUUGAAAAGUGUCUCUGAUAAAUUAGUCAUCACAAAAAUAUAUUAA